AUGGCAGUGUCUCGUUUGAAAGCUUGCAGUGAUGGAAGCCUCAUUGAUCGUAGGAAAAGUCUUGCGAGUGGUGGAUGCCUUUCCCACCCAGAUGUCGGAACCUGCUCUGCUCCUUGUUCUGCCCUCCAGGAGUGCUUUAAGCACUUGUUCCCUGCACGCCUGGACAGCUUCUCCCUUCUGCCUGUGUACUGCAGGUUCUUCAGCCAGUCUGCCUCUUAUCUGGGCAUCAGGCCAGAAAUACAGGCUGACCCCACUUGUCACGAGAUAAGCCUCUUUGAAAAUCUAGCCUCAUCUUCUCUGAAUUUUGUGGAUGAGCCUGUUGCUAUGAUACCAAUGGUGCAGCUGCUAAACCAGAACUCAGAUAUUAGAGAACUGCUAAACUCAAUAGCCUUCUUUUCAGAGGACGCAGUGCUGGGAAAAAGAAUUGCAGUGAUUGGUGCCGGUAUCAGUGGCUUAGGUGCCAUUAAGGUCUGUCUGGAGGAGGGACUGGAGCCCACCUACUUUGAAGGAAGCGAUGACAUUGGAGGAAUGUGGAGAUAUGAGGAGAAGGCUAAGGCUGGCAGGCCAAGUAUGUAUAAAUCUAUCACCAGCAACACUUCGAAGGAAAUGACAGCCUACAGUGAUUAUCCCUUCCCUGAUCAUUUCCCCAACUACUUGCCCAAUUCCAAAAUCGUGGAGUACCUCAGGAUGUACGUUAAACACCUUGGCCUUAUGAAGCACAUCCAGUUUCUGUCGAAGGUGUGCAGUGUGAGGAAGCGCUCCAACUUCUCUUGCACAGGACAGUGGGAUGUUGUGGUUGAGGCUCAAGGGAAGCAGAAAUGCUAUGUCUUUGAUGGCUUUAUGGUAUGUAGUGGCCUUUAUACAGAUCCCUUCUUGCCUCUUCAGAACUUUCCAGGAAUCAAGAGGUUCACAGGUCGAUACAUCCACAGUAGGGAAUACAAGAGCCCAGAGAUAUUCAGGGGGAAGAAGAUUGCUGUGGUUGGCGUUGGAAAUUCUGGAGCUGAUUUGGCGAUCGAGUUCAGUCAUGUAGCUGCACAAGUGUUUCUCAGCACAAGGCGGGGUGCAUGGAUUUGGAGCCGGGUCUGGGAUUAUGGGAUGCCUAUGGACACUGUUCUCUCCACUCGUUUUAGCACUGUCCUCAACAAAUUUUACCCUUCAUUCUUAAUCAACAGAUUGGGAGAGAAUAGAUUAAACGCUCAAUUUAACCAUGACAUUUAUGGUUUGCUACCUCAACACAGCUAUCUAAGCCAUCAAGCUACUUUCGGCGAUGAUCUACCCAACCACAUAAUUUCUGGAAGAGUUCUGAUAAAACCAAAUGUUAGAGAGUUCACGGAGAUAUCGGCCAUCUUUGAAGAUGGCACAGAAGAGGACCUUGAUGCUGUUGUCUUCGCCACAGGAUAUACUUUCUCUUUCCCCUUUUUGGAAAAUGAUUCAACAGUUCUGGACAGCCAGUGCUCCAUGUUUAAAUUUGUUUUCCCUCCUCAGCUAGAGAAACCAACACUAGCUAUCAUUGGCAUCCUCCAACCACUGGGAGCCACCAUUCCCACAUCAGAACUCCAGAGCCGAUGGGCUGUUCGUGUCUUCAGGGGAUUGAACGAACUACCUUCGAUGAGUGUCAUGAUGGCUGAUGUAAAGAAGAGGGAAAAAAUGUUGAACAAAGAAUUGCUGAGUAAUCCUUGUAAUAAGCUCAGAGUGAAGUAUGUGGAUUACAUGGAUGAAAUUGCCUCUGAAAUAGGAGUGAAACCCCACCUAUUCUCACUCUUCCUGUGGGAUCCAAAGCUGUUUAUGGAAGUUUUCUUUGGACCAUGCACACCUUGCCAGUACCGCCUACAGGGUCCAGGGAAGUGGGCUGGGGCCCCGGGAUCCACCUUGACCCAGAGACAGUGUAUCAUCAAGCCCCUGAGGACUCGCGUCCUCACCUAUAACCAGCCUCUGUACUCGGUGCCAUUUUGGCUUAAAUGUGUCUAUGCAGUUCUUCUCCUCUUUGUUCUUGCUUUGGUCAUUGUUAAAGGAUAA